AUGUGGGCUGGAGAGAACAUCUUCAUUGUUCCUUCCACACUACUUGUGGGCUGGAGGGAACAUCUCUGUUGUUCCCUUCACACUAUCUGUGCUGAGAGAACAUCUCUAUUGUUCCCUUCACACUAUCUGUGGGUUGGAAAAAUCUCUAUUGCUCCUUCCACCCUACUUGUGGGCUGGAGGGAACAUCUCUGUUGUUCCCUUCAGCCUACGUAUAGGCUGGAGGGAAAAUCUGACUUGCUUCCUUCAUACUACCUGUGGGCUGUAAGGCCCAAAUUUUUUUGCUUCAACAAAAGAUUUUUUAGAAACCUUCCAAAAAUGAUCAACCUUCUUCCCCUUCUUUUAAUUAUUUCCAUAAUUUCGUUUUCUUCUGCCUCUCCACGUCUUCAAGGUCCUCCUCCUCAAGGAAAGGGGGGAAAGGAUGACAAAUUUGGUGUCCACCACCAACCACCUUCUUUCUAUGGAGGCGGGAAGCGCUUGCCGUAUCCCGCUCCAGGCCCUCCCCUCGAUUUUGUACUUGAAGCUAGUGAAAAGGCUAGAGAGGGGUAUUUUAAAAUGUUGGCUGAAAGUGAAGAUAAGCCUAAAAAGGCAAUUAAAGAGGCUAUUGUUAAAUGGGCUGAGGCUAACGAUCUAAAGAAAAUAUACGAGGAAUCAACAAGUGAACACUACAAGAAGCGCAAGGCUUUCCAUGAUGUGGUUGUUGAGAAUCUGGCCGGGAAGGCUUUGGAGGCGUUUAAAAAGAUUUGGGUUGGUUUUUAUUUUGGGGGUACUGUAUGUGAUAAUUUGAAAUAUUUUCCGUUAGUUGACAAUAUGAAAUAUUUCCGUUAG